AUGGCCCCCAAGCAACCCUGUGCAAAGUACGAAUACGUCGUCACCUCCGCUGGCCCAAAGAUCCUCCCCGUCGCCGAUGUCCACUCCAAAGAUGAGGAAUCCCCUGCCGAAUACAACUCUGGUGGCUAUCUCCAGGUCAAAGUCCAGGACACAUUCAAGGACGACCGCUACGUGAUCCUCCGAAAGCUUGGUUGGGGCCACUUCUCGACCGUCUGGCUCGUCAGGGACACCCAAACGAAUCAUCAUUCUGCCCUCAAAGUGGUCAAGUCUGCGGGACGGUAUGCGGAGACGGCCCGUGAUGAGAUCAAACUCUUGAGCCAGGUGAGAGACGAGACCCCGGAGCACCCUGGACGAGAGCACAUUGUCUCCUUCCUCGACUCAUUCUCGCAUUGUGGUCCAGAGGGCGUACACGUGUGCAUCGUGUUCGAGCCCCUUGGAGAGAAUUUGCUGGCCCUGAUUGAGCGUCACAAGAAGACGGGUGUCCCUGCGGCGCUUGUGAAAGUAAUAGCAAAACAGAUGCUGCUUGGACUAGAGUACCUGCAUGACGAAUGUGACCUGAUCCACACAGAUAUCAAGCCGGAGAAUAUAAUGAUUUCUAUUCCGGAUGUGGAAGAGCACAUACAAGCCGAGCUAGCGAAGUCCCCCUCUCCAACGUGUCGUCAGGUGGGCGUUCCACCGAAACAGCUGACACGAUCGGGUGUAGCCAUACCGCGACUCGCACCCGUCACACGCGAACGCAAAGUGCAGAUCUUCGACUCCCAACCAUUGUCCAGUCCGACGUCUCUGGGCAGUGCCGGAUCCAGCCCAAAUCUACGACAAGGGCUGCAGAUGUCGCGCAUUGCAAGUAUGCAGAGUGUGCGCAGUCUUUUGGAUAGGAAGUUGAAGGGAAAACAGGGACCCAGUUGGAAGGACUCUAGCGGAUCAACCCCAGAGUUGUCGGCCAGUUCGAGCGGAAGCUCCGAGUGCGCACCCAUGUCGCCGAACACCGUCACGUCGUUUAGCAACGAGACGACCUUAACGUCCCUUGGAAGCGUCACGAGCGAAGUGAACAAGUUGUCAAUCAUGACCAGACCAUGCACGGCAUGCUUGUGUACGUGCAUAUGUCAAGAGACGUUGCCAGUGGUGACAGAACAGCAGCCGCCCUUAAAACCCCCUGCUGGCCCGUCACUUCUCUCCCAGACUGCGCCCCCAAAACUCAGCAGACCGAACUCCUCUCCAUCACAGUUACACUCUGGGGGUAGUCUUUCCUCCUGGUCUCCAGGAACGAAUUGCCUGCCAGAACCCACUCACCGUGCACCGUCUCCUCCACCCGUGUCACCUCUAUCACCACCCAUCUUCAUCAAGAUCGCUGAUCUGGGCAACGCGACUCCUUCACACAGGCACUUCACAGAGGAUAUCCAGACUCGUCAAUACCGCUCACCUGAAGUCAUUCUCGGACGUACGGAUUGGGGUGCCACUGCGGAUAUCUGGAGCGCAGCUUGCGUGAUUUUUGAGCUGCUCACCGCUGAAUAUUUAUUCGAUCCCCAGAGCCAGGGUGGUGUUUUCGGGAGAGACGACGAUCAUAUGGCGCAAAUCAUGGAAUUGUUGGGUGAUAUCGACUUGGAGGUGAAGUUUGGGGGGCGAUUCAGCCGCGACCUUUUUGACAGCGCCGGUAAUCUGCGAUACAUCCGCAAUCUGAAGCCUUGGCCGCUGAGGCGGGUCAUGGCCGAGAAAUAUUUCUGGGAAGAAGCAGCCGCUGACGCACUGUGCGAGUUCCUUGAGCCAAUGCUUGUCCCUGAUUUCCGCAAACGUCGACAUGCGCGCGAUCUGAAAGAGCACAGGUGGCUGGAGGUCGAUAUGACUGAUGAAGGCCUAUGGACAUGGUGA